CAAAUCUGCAGUCUCUUUCGCCUCACUUCUUCCUUAGCGCACAGACGCUGUUGGAUUCAUGGAUGUACGCUGAACCGCUGUUUGCGUUACUAAAGUUAUCAUUCGUGUUGUUUUCCAGCUUUUCUUUAGCAAUGUUUCUAUGAGGAACGGCUGCCUUCAGAUAGAGGUCACUCCAAAGGUCUCGAGAAGGAAAUAAAGGCGUGCUUCAACUGCUGGACUUUGGCAGGACGGACAGGGACUAUGUUCUCAUCAGCAGGGAAGCGCGGUUUCACUAUUGAGUCUUUGGUGGCGAAGGAGAGCCCAUUAACAGGGGAAGACCCUAUCCGCCCCACCGCGCUAAGCUACACAGCCCCCACAGACAGUUUUCUGAACGCUUAUCCAAGCCCAGCAGGUCGCGCGCUUUAUCCAAACCCCGAGCUGGUUUUUCCGGAGUCUGUGCAGCACGCUCCCAUCGGCGUGCACCCGCACCAGCUCGGCGGCGCGCACCUCCAGCACCCGCACUUCUUCAGCACGCAACAUCGCGAACCUCUCAAUUUCUACCCGUGGGUCUUGCGAAACCGAUUUUUUGGGCAUCGGUUUCAAGGUAACGACGUCUCACAUGACUCGUUGUUGCUUCACGGGCCUUUCGCGCGGAAGCCCAAGCGGAUCCGGACAGCCUUUUCCCCUUCACAGCUCCUGCGCCUCGAGCGAGCCUUCGACAAGAACCACUAUGUGGUGGGAGCAGAACGCAAACAGCUCGCGAAUAGUCUCAGCCUGUCCGAGACACAGGUGAAGGUGUGGUUUCAGAACCGCAGGACUAAGUACAAACGACAGAAGCUGGAAGAAGAGGGACCAGAGAGUUCACAAAAGAAGAAGGGUAAUCAUCACAUCAACCGGUGGAGAAUUGCCACCAAACAGGCUGGAUCUGAGGAUAUAGAUGUCACAUCUGAUGCCUAGAGCCCAUUUGUACCAGGCCUAAACUCACACAAAAGGCCAUGAAAAGAUCUAUUUAUUUAUGUUUUAAGGAAUGACUGUGUAUGAGUCUAAACUUGGUUUUUGCUGCUGCUGCUGUGUGUGUGUGUGUGUGUGUGUGAGAGAGAGAGAGCGAGAGAGAGAGAUUCAGUCAGCAUGUGGAUUUAAUUAUUUCUUUUUUUUCCUCUUUGUAAAUGUAAAAAAAGUAAAAACUAUGAUUUUUCUUUAUUUCUCUACAACUCUUCUGCCAUCAGAAGACCUCUAAAAAUAAUUUCAUUUUCCAAUGUGACACAUCUGUCAUGCCUGUGCAUUUAACCUACUAAUGUCAAAUACUACCUUUCUAUUUAACAGAAUGUUCUUUAAUGAUGGUUACAGAGAUUUAGCCUACUUAAAUCAUAAAAUUAUAUUGGGCCCCUACUUAAGAGAGCAAUUCAUUCAAUUUUCACUAGAGACUUCAGUUCCUUUAGAUAUUUUCUGGUUUUUAUUAAGGUUUUACGGUAGCAGUUGACAGUAACUGCAAAACAAACAAAAUGUGAUGCACGGAAUCAUUUUACAGGCCAGUUUGGACAUGAUCUACCCUCAGUGUAAGAGUAAGGAGCUUGAUGUGUGUGUGUGUGUGUGUGAUGUUCUGAAUGCUCGGUUCUUGUUCAGUCAUGGUAAUGCCGGCUGCUGGAUGCAGGUUACAGUGUGGCAGCUCCUGAAUAUUUCUGUGAUUCAUAAACAGAAACUACUGAAUAUUAGCCAAUGUCACAUUAAUAUACAGAACAUUUAAAAUAUAAUUUUCCCCCAGUAAGGGACCACAACAAUAAAUAUGUUUUAGAAACAA